AUGAGUAAGAGAGAUUUGGAUGAUCACUGCAUAUUUUUAAAAGAAUAUUUUUAUUUUAAGCUUAACCAGCAUGUUGAUAAGCACCAGGCUGCAGAGGCUAAGCUUGAAGAAAAGACAUCAGAGUCAUUAAAGACUCAUGUUGCUCUUCAUCAGCUUGUAGAGAAGUACUACACCGGUACUGCAUCAAUGCAAGACAACAUUGCCAAAGAACUGAGCCACGGGAACUCCUGCAGCCACGACCUCUGGAAAGUGCGCUGCUGGGGCAGCAGGAAGGACUGGGGCCGGCCGAGUAGGGUCAGCCCGAAUCCUCUCCGGCUGCAGCCACCGCCGUUUCCCUCCUCGUCCUCCUGGCCCACAGCGCCUCCAGCUCCUUCACCGGGCGUCGCGGCUCGCUCCUUGCUGCCGGGCCCGUCCAUCCCUUCCAGCUCCCCGUCCGGCGGUGGCGGCGGGGGCUCCUCCUCCUCCUCUUCCUCGGACUCGUUGCUGCUGAUUGAGCCGCCGUCGACCACCCGCACCGAGGAGACCUCUUGCUCCGGAGCCUCAAUCUCCUCCUCCAAACUCCGGAGAGGUCGGAUGAAUUACGGACGGUAUAAAGUUGCGAGCGGACAGGCCUUGUCCGGGAAGGUGCCAAACGGCGGCUUCUUUUACACCCCCACCUCCUCCAGAUGUUGUUUUGUUCGGGGGUCCUACCCCCCCACCACCAUCAACAACAACAACAACAACAACAACAACAACCACAACCGCCGCCACUUCCUCCUCGUGCACGGUCCAGGCUCCAGCCGCUCGCGCUCCGCCAGCGCCAGCGGCUUCGAGUCCGCGAGACACGCAGCGGACGCCAACGGGCAAAGCUCCCAGAGUGCACCGCGCGCCGCCACCACCGUCUCCAUCCUUCAGGGCCGGGCUCCGCUUCCAGGUCAAGCAGCCAAUCACUGGGGGUCAGCGCCGUUCAUUUCGAUGUAGAUGGCAGACAGAUUGAAGAAACAUCUCAAAAUUGUAUUUCCUGAGCAAACAGAUUCUGCAAGACUUCAAGGCAACUAUUCAGAGCAACACACUCCACAACAUUCUAUGCUUUAUUCUUCUGCCUUCAAUUCAUUGACCAAAGUGCUAUUUUUUUCAUAAAGCAGCGAUUUUGGAUUUUUGUUUAUUUUUUUUCUCUCUCUUUCUGAAGUAAGUGAGUGCCUAUGCACGUAUUUUGUGGAUGUUUAGAGAGAUAAGCAUUUAUACUUAUAUAUUACUUACUGUGCAUGUCAACUGAUGAUUGAUUGAAUUUUUUUGAUUAAAUGUUGUUAUGACAAACUAA